UUAAUCUUUUGUUGUGAGUCUCUGAGUUUAUACUUUCUUCUCUCCCAGCUUCUGUUUCUUCCUUUAUCGCCAAGAAAUACCAGAAAAUUGAGCAAGAGGAAACCCCAAUACCCCCCCUCUUUAUUAACCCACUUCAAUCGUUUACUCCCAAAUCUGCAACUCGAGGGAAUUUACUCUUUGAUCGCUGCAAUGGAUUGGGUUCGAGGAGAAACCAUCGGCUAUGGAAGCUUUUCUACCGUCAGUUUGGCAAAAGUCACAAGAAAUUGCGACAGAUUUCCGCCGUUGAUGGCCGUAAAAUCAUCCGACUCGGUCGACUCCGCAUUACUCAAGAACGAGAAAGAAAUCUUGGAACAACUUGGGAAUUGCCCGCAAGUCAUUAGCUGCUUCGGAGACGAUUGCACGACCGGCAAGGGAGACAACUUGUACAAUCUUUUCUUGGAAUACGCAAAAGGUGGCAGUUUAUCCGAUCGUCUCAAGAAAUCCGGCAGCGGGUUGCCGGAAUCAGACGUCCGGCGCUACACAAGGGCGAUACUCAAAGGGCUUCGUCAUAUACACGCCAAGGGUUUCGCUCACUGCGACGUAAAGCUCGACAAUAUAUUGAUGUUCGACGACGGCAAGAUCAAGAUUGCCGACUUUGGGCUCGCGAAGAAAACAGAGCAAGAACAGAGUCAUCGACAUCAGGAGAACGAAGACAGUUCAGACAGCGGCGUUACGAUUAGAGGGACUCCUUUAUACAUGGCGCCGGAAUCGGUUAACGACAAUGAGUAUGAUUCGCCGGCGGAUAUAUGGGCGCUUGGGUGCGCUGUUGCUGAGAUGGUGACUUCAAAACCGGCGUGGAAAUGCGAAGACAGAACGAAUAUCAUGGCGCUUUUGAUUCGUAUCGGUGUCGGUGAUGAACUGCCGAGUAUUCCCGACGAGUUGUCCGAAGAAGGAAAAGAUUUCCUCGGCAAGUGUUUCGUCAAGGAUCCGAAGAAGCGAUGCUCGGCACAGAUACUUCUGAGCCAUCCAUUUGUUGCCGUCGAUUUUGACGAUGAUGAUCAAGAUGAUUCCUCUGUUCCAUUGGUUUGCAGCGAGGAACUCUCGACAUCACCCAGGAGUCCUUUUGAUUUCCCUGAUUGGAUUUCUGUAAACUCAUCGAUUUCUGGAUCACUUCCCGCUCAGUCUCCUCUGUCCAAUUUAGGAAAUUCAAGGUUUGGUUUAUCGUUUUCUUCAGGUUUCGAGUCAAUGAAGAACAGAGUAAAGCAGCUGGUGACUGAUCAGAGAUCGGAUUGGUCAGUUUCCGGGAGUUGGGUGACUGUCAGGUGCGAGAAUUCGUGAAGUGCGGAGAAUUUUCUUCCAUCGAUUCAAUGGUCAUGAUUGAUUCAAUUUUGUCUGUAAUUUGAUUUGGGGUGUAUAUAAUUGGGAUAGCCAUUAACGGAGAUUUGUAGGUCGCUGACAUUAGUUCUAGUGAUCAGUCUUGAUUUGGUCGCUCGGGUGGCCAGCGUGUACAGAACCAAUUUUUUAAUUCAAAGAUAUUCAUGACACUGUUAUUAACACUAA